GUGCCUGUCUGCUUUGUGCACUUCAACAACAGUCCUUCCAUCAAAGUCCCCAUGGAAACAAAAUCCCAUGAGCAGCUUCACAUUUUCUUCUUUCCAUAUAUGGCUCAAGGCCACAGCAUACCUCUCAUAGACAUAGCCAAAUUAUUUGCUUCUCGUGGUGUAAAAUCCACCUUAAUAACCACUCCUCUCAAUGCACCACUUUUGUCAAAAGCAAUCCAAAGCAGCAAAAAUUUGGGAUUUGACAUUGAAAUUCUUGUCAUCAUAUUCCCAACUGAAGAAGUUGGGUUGCCUCCGGGAUGUGAGAUUGCUAGCAUGACUACAACUCAUGAGAUGAAGGAGAAGUUCUUCAAAGCUACCUUCCUGCUUGAGCCACAGAUUGAGCAGAUUUUAGACCAACACCGACCUCACUGCCUCGUUGCUGAUUCAUUGUUUCCUUGGGCCACAUAUGUUGCUGCCAAGUUCGGAAUUCCAAGGCUCAUAUUUCAUGGACCUGGUUUUUUCCCUUUGUGUGCUAUACUUGGUGUGAAAUUGUAUGAACCUCACUGGAAGGUAUCAUCUGAUUCAGAAGUUUUUACUAUUCCUAAUCUCCCGGUUGAGAUCAAGAUGAAACGAAACCAAGUACCGAUGGUGUUUGAGCAAAAUGCUAAUCUAAUCUUGUCCAAGUUGUUAAAAGAAUCCAGGGAGUGUGAGGAAAGGAGCUAUGGGAUUAUAGUUAACACUUUCUAUGAACUUGAGCCAGCCUUUGCAGACCAUUACAGGAAGGUGUUGGGGAGGAAGGCAUGGCAUAUAGGCCCGGUUUCCUUAUGCAACAAGGCAGCAGGGUAUGAAACAGAGAUAAGGGGAAUGGAAGCCUCCCUUGAUGAACAUGAGUGCUUGAAUUGGCUCAAUACUAAGAAACACAAUUCAGUUAUUUACAUAUGUUUUGGAAGCAUGACCAAUUUCAGUGAUCCUCAGCUCCUUGAAAUUGCUUUGGGGCUUGAGGCUUCUGGGAUGGAAUUCAUUUGGGUUCUGAGGAGAGAAAAGAAAGAAAAGGAAGAGUGGUUGCCUGAAGGGUUUGAACAGAGAAUGGAAGGUAAGGGACUAAUUAUAAGAGGUUGGGCUCCACAAGUGCUGAUUCUGGAGCAUGAAGCAAUUGGAGGGUUUGUGUCUCAUUGUGGGUGGAACUCUAUACUUGAAGGAGUGUCCUCUGGGGUGCCAAUGAUCACAUGGCCGGUGUCCGCCGAGCAGUUUUACAAUGAGAAGUUGGCGACUGAGAUACUAAGAAUUGGUGUUGCCGUUGGUUCUCAAAAAUGGGCUUCAUUAGUAGAUGUGAAGAAGGAAGCCAGUGUGAAGAGGGACGCCAUAGAAAAGGCUGUGGCUCGAGUCAUGGUGGGUGAUGAAGCAGAGGAAAUGAGAAGCAGAGCAAGGGCACUGGGGGAGAUGGCAAGGAGGUCUGUUGAAGAAGGUGGUUCAUCAUUCUCAGAUUUAACUGCUCUAAUUGAAGAGUUGAGAUCCCUUUGAGCUUGAAGCUUUAUAGAAAAAAUACCACCAUUUUGUGUUCUUUUGCUUUUAACAUUGUGGGUGGAAGUUAACAAUUGAAGGAACUGUUGUUGGGGUGCCAAUGACCACAUUGCCAGUAUCUGAUGAGCAAUCUUAUAAUCAGAAGUUGGUGACCUAAGUGCUAAAAAUUGGGGUUGGUGUG